GCAGCCGAUCGGAUCAUUCAACUGACAAACUCUCGUCUGCUUCAAGAUCAUUCUGACCCGGAAGUGUUUUAGUUUCAACAUUGUGGAGUAUUCAUCACAAAAAAAAGUUUAUAAUCAGUAAUUGUUUAAAUCUAGGCAGAAGUAAUAUAAAUUAUUAUUGUUUUUCAACAUUGGAAUAUCGAUUUUUUAGAAAUCAAAAUAGUAGCUUAUAGGUAGUGUGUGUGUGAUAAUGGGUACUUAGUGAGGGGAAAAAAUGGAGAAUUUUGGUGAUUUGAAAUUUUUUUCUCGACCGUUGGAGUAAUUUGUAUCCCACGUGACUGUCAUGUGACCAAUCGGAUUAUAGUGUUCCACCCGCCAGCCAAUCAGAAAAUGCGGCCGCCUAAUUUAUGCACGGUGCUGCGCAUGGUGCUGGUGCUGCUGCUGUGUGCUGAGAGAUGUGUCGCCGUCAAGUGGCUAGCUUUGUACAGAAUCAAACAACGAGCAUGGGAGACGGCGAAGAAUUGUUCCAGGACUUCCGGUCUGGUGCCCCGCCAGAUGAAGUUGUGUAAGGACAACCUUGACCUUAUGCCCACUGUCGUCCAUUCGGCCAUGGUUUCCAUGGAGACGUGUCAAAAACAAUUCGCGGACAGGCGCUGGAAUUGUAGUUCUAUUCUUAAAGUGCCGGCGCUUGCUAUGGAUUUAGUUCGAGGUACAAGAGAACAAGCCUAUGUGUACGGGAUCUCGUCGUCUGCGCUUGUCCAUUCCAUAUCCCGGGCCUGUAGCAUAGGCGUCACCACCAAGUGUAGCUGUGGGGCCCUGCCAACAACAUCACCGUCAGAUACUUUUAAGUGGGGAGGUUGUGGCGACGACGUCCAGUUUGGGCUGCUGUUCGGGGAGACGUUCACCGACGCCACGCUCACAAACAAGAAGGGAAAAGACAAGGGCUCCAAGAAAGCCAUGAUGAAUCGUCACAACUUUCGUGCCGGUCGGCAGGUUGUUGCUGACAGUAUCACCAGGUCCUGUAAGUGCCACGGCGUGUCAGGGUCCUGCUCCAUCAUGACGUGCUGGAGGGCCCUGCCUAGCUUCGACACCAUCGGGGCCCGGCUCAAGGACAGAUACGCCAUUGCUGUCGAGGUGAAGAGGAAGAGGAAGAAGAAAGAGAAGGUUCUGGUGCCUGUCAACAACGUGAAGACAUCUUUCAAGGACGACGAGUUGGUUUACUACGAGAAGAGUCCAGAUUACUGCAGUCCAGAUGAGAAGACGGGGUCAGUGGGUACUGUUGGGAGAUACUGCGAGGCCAAAGGUCGAGGGCCCAUCAACUGUGAGUCCAUGUGCUGUGGUCGAGGGCACGACAACUUCACCAUGGAGAAGGAGGAGCGAUGCGAGUGCAAGUACUACUGGUGCUGCUACGUCAAGUGCAAGACCUGCAUCAAAACGCUGAAGCUCAACAUCUGUCGAUAGGUGACACACUGGUGACCGGCUGACACACGGGUCACCGGGUGACACACUGGUCACCGUGUACAGAAAACACUGUCCCGCUGGGUCAUUAAUUGUGUCAGAUCUGAUUUGUUUCACAUCAAUGUUCAAACAGACUUGCUUGACAGUAUCAGGAAAUCAUAAAAAUACCUGUAUGGUUUUCAACGACAGUUUGGACAUAAUGGAAACUGAAAGGGGAAUAACUGCAUCUUUUUUUUCGUCCUCCAGAAGAACUAAGAAAAAAAAAUCUCCUGCGUGUGUGUUCACUUGCCUUAUAAAAAGAACUUGAGAUCAUUUACUGUCAUUUCAAGUUUAUAAGAACAAUGAGGAAUUCUUCCUGUUAGAUUAUUUUAGUGGGCCUAGAUUUCCUCCUGAUGCACCAUAGAUAGCUACAGGAGAUUAUAAAGAUUUAAUACAGCCGAUCAACGACUAUCAACAAAGUUUCAAAGCAUAACGUCAGCACCAGUUUCUUCUAGGUUUAUCAAUUUAACAUCAUAAUUCAGUCUAUCUGCUAUCUGCAUAAUCUACCAGAUAUUAAUGAUGCAACUAUUCUGGAAAAAAUUCAACAUUUGUUGUCUGUUUUCUCUUUUUUAUAUUGGUGACGUUCUAUUAAUUGUAUCCCAUUAUAGUUAAGAAGCUGUAAAGAUUUUGUAAUUCUAGUACAAUUCUUACCGCCCAAAAAAUGCAUUUAAUCUCAACUAUCAUUGGCCUUUUAGACCAUAAAACAUCUAAAGGGAUAUAACUCAAUAUUUUUGUUACUGUAGGAGUUAUCGGUUUUAAUUUUUUAUUGCUAUGAUGAUAAGUAAAUCAUCAAAAUUAGCAUAAUCAAUUUAUUUGAAAACUAAAAUGAGUUUUUGUCUUUAACUUAUCCGAGCUUACCAAUAUAAUGGUUGACUGAUGACUUUUUUCAAUUACUUUUGAAAGCAUUAAAAAAAAUAUUUCUGCUUGUUUAGAAAUUAAUAGUUUAAACAUAGGAAGGAACAUUUGGUCUAAAAGUAAACUAACCACUCAGGAAAUUAAAAAUGUUAUUUUAUGUAUAAAACAUGUUUCACUUUAAUAUUUUUAUUUCUCUAACAUUCAAAGGCAUUAUAUAUAAAUACAGUGAAUGUCAACAUUUUUAAAAAGUGUUUAAAAUUAA